AAGAUUUUCAACAUUCACUUUUCACGUUUCGAACUAAACAUGUGUCGACAUUUGGCAGUAUUUAUUCCUAUCCUGAUGUUUCUGACGGCGACGUGUGAAGAUUCAGAUUGUACCAAAGGCCCAGAACCUACAAAAUGCUUGGAGGUUUUAAAACAAAUUGCUAUAAACUCGAAAGAAUUCGAUAUUUCCAACAAGACAAGCGCCAAGACAGUGAUUGAAAACUGUGAAAAGUUCAACCAUUGCCAUCACACUCUCGACUGCCUUACCGAAGAAAAAUUUGUCUACGUUGUCAACGUAACUUUCAUGUUUUGCGAUUACGUUCAGUUUUUUUCCGGACCCUUUGUCCCCUGUCAGACUACGAUUGAGGCUAAAGUUUCCGAGUGCAAUAAGAACUGGAAUCCCUUCCCAAAAGAGACUCCGGAUCAGGAGAAAAUGGCUGAGGUUCGGAAAACGGCAUGUGACAACUUUUUCGGAAAAGAUAAUUGCAUGCAGAAGGAGAUCACGGAGAUUUGCGGAGCAGAGAUGUGGAACGGGUUCCGGAAGAUUCUGCUCGCACUCAACACUGCAUUGGGAGCAUGCAAGUUUCAAGAUCAUUGAAUAUUAAAUUUGUUAUUAUUAUAUCUUACGGAAAUGAUAAAUAGCAACGUAUGAAUCAGUUGAUAUCAAU